CGACAUACCCCGGACCUUGGUAAUCCUUGUACAGAAAAGAAGCUUUCGCCACCGCGCUGCCCGACCCUGGUCCAGCGUCGUCGUCUUAUAACCUUUGAUGCGCAUCGCAGUCCCAUAGCGACGCCAACAUCGGCCAUACUCUGGAGUCACAGGGGCCAUACUCCGGAGCCAAAGUCUAGAUACUGAAGUACAGUGUACAGAGUCCGGGGUCAAAGCUCAGGACCUCAAUAUCAAUAUAAAACGGCCAUGGACCUCUUUCAGUCCACUCUCUCUUCGUCACUUGUGCCCUUCAGCAACUUCAGUCUCACGUCAACAGUUGUUUAUUCCACCAUGCAUUCCUUCACAUCUCUUCUAUUGGUCAGUGGUCUUGCUUUGCAGACCGCCAUUGGCCUUCCCGAGCGAGGCAGAGGCGUCAAGGAACGUGAAGCCCAACUCCUGAAACGCUCUGUGGACUCAUUCAUUGAGACGGAAACCCCGAUCGCACUAGCUGACUUGCUGUGCAAUAUUGGGUCUGCUGGAGAAUGCGUUGCAGGCGCAAGUUCGGGGGUUGUGGUUGCUAGUCCGGAUCGUGUGAACCCAGACUAUUUCUAUACGUGGUCCCGUGAUGCGGCCUUGACUUUCAAGUGCAUUGUCGAUACCUUCAUCAGCAAUUACUCUUCCUCGCUCCAGACGGAAAUCGAGAACUACAUUGAUGCCCAGGCCUACAUCCAGACUAUUUCAAACCCCUCAGGAGGACUGUCAACCGGAGGGCUUGGCGAGCCAAAAUUUAACGUUGAUGAGACAGCCUUUACAGGCUCUUGGGGUCGCCCACAGAGAGAUGGUCCAGCUCUUCGUGCUACAGCACUGGUUGCAUACUCGAAAUGGCUGAUCAACAAUGGAUACUCGUCUACUGCAAGUUCUCUUGUGUGGCCAAUCAUCCAGAACGACCUCAGUUAUGUAGCGGAGUAUUGGAACAACACUGGUUUUGAUUUGUGGGAGGAGGUAGAUGGGUCAAGUUUCUUCACACUUGCUGCACAGCACCGUGCACUUGUGGAAGGAAGUGCACUCGCCUCCCUCCUCGGGAAAUCCUGUACAUAUUGUGAUUCUCAAGCUCCUCAAGUUCUUUGCUUCCUUCAAAGUUUCUGGAGUCCAUCUCAAGGCUAUAUUCUGGCCAAUAUCAAUGAGAAUAACGGCCGGACUGGAAAAGAUGCGAACACACUCCUUGGUUCCAUUCAGACCUUUGAUCCUGAUGCAGGAUGUGAUGCAACAACUUUCCAGCCCUGCUCUGAUCGGGCCUUGGCGAAUCACAAAGUCGUCACUGAUUCGUUCCGUUCCAUUUAUGCCCUCAACUCUGGUAUUCCCGAGGGAACCGCCGUCGCUGUGGGCCGUUACCCAGAAGAUUCUUAUCAAGGUGGCAAUCCAUGGUAUCUCAAUACUCUGGCCGCAGCUGAACAACUGUACGAUGCGCUUUACACAUGGGACAAACUGGGUUAUAUCACUGUUACUUCAACAUCCUUAGCAUUCUUCAAUGACUUCGAUACGUCAAUCACUGUCGGCACAUAUGCUUCUUCAUCUUCGACGUAUACGACUCUGUACAACGCAGUUAAGACCUACGCAGAUGGCUACAUGAGCAUUGUCGCAACAUAUGCACAGUCCAAUGGAUCGCUAUCUGAGCAGUUUUCCCGAUCUGAUGGCAGCCCGCUUUCCGCAUACGAUCUGACAUGGUCAUAUGCUGCUUUCUUAACUGCGGCAGCUCGUCGAGCAGGUGUUGUUCCAUACUCUUGGGGAGAGCCAACCGCUUCUAGCCUCCCAGCGACGUGCUCAUCUACAUCUGCAAUUGGCACCUAUUCCACAGCUUCUACCGGCACCUGGCCCCUGAACCAAACUCCCACCUCAGGCAGUUAUCCAUCGACCACAGCGUCUUCCUGUUCGACAGCCACAUCUGUUGCUGUGACAUUCGAUGAAACAGUGACAACCACCUACGGGGAGACCAUUAAGAUCGCAGGUAACCAAGCCAUUCUUGGAAACUGGGAUACUUCGGACGCAUAUGCGCUAUCAAGCUCGCGCUACACUUCUUCGAACCCUCUUUGGGAGGGAACAGUGUCGUUUCCUGCUGGCACUGUAAUCCAGUACAAAUACAUCAACGUAGCGAGCAACGGCGACGUCACCUGGGAGGCAGACCCAAACCACACAUAUACCGUUCCAGCAACUUGCGCGACAGCUGUGACGGUCAGCAACACCUGGCAGUCAUAGCUUGAGAAAGUAUGAGAGAAAGAGAAGUGAUUAAAAACAAAAACAGCCCGAAGAUUAUCAAAGCGAUUGCCAGAUUGCAAGGACCCAUAAGGCUAUCGAGGGAUUGGUGGAAGAAUGGCUGGAAAAGCUGCGGCAUUGACCUCUGAUUUCGGUUUCCUAAGUCCGGUGUAUUGAUGAUUAUCCUUCAAUCCCUAAGACUAUACUCUACCUACCUAACUUGCUCAAUGCGUAUCUGCUCCCAAG